AUGGCGCCCAGCAGCGCCCUCCUGGCGCAGUGCGUGUUUUCCGUGCUGGCGUUUCUGUUCAGCUUCGCCGUGGUGGUGCCGCUGUCCGCGAACGGGCGCGACUUCGGCGGCCGCUGCCCGCUCUUCACCGAGGGCAUGUGGCUCAGCGCCAACCUCACGGUGCAGGAGCGCGAGCGCUUCACCGUGCAGGAGUGGGGCCCGCCGGCCGCCUGCCGCUUCGGCCUGCUCGCUGGCCUCCUGUCGCUGCUACUGGCCGGGGCGCAUGCCUGGCGCGUUCUCUUCUUCCUCUGCAAGGGACACGAGGGCUCCCUGCUCCAGGCCUCCCUGAGCCUCUUGGUCAGCGCGUUCGUGGUCUUCCUGGUCUUCAUUGCUGGCACCAUUGUCAGCGUCGGCUUCUCCAUGUGGUGUGACGCCAUCACUGAGAAAGGCACCCAGCCCCACAGCUGCGAGGCCCUCCAGGAUGUGGAUCUUGAGCUGAACGUGGACAACUCGGCCUUCUACGACCAGCUCGCCAUUGCCCAGUUCGGGCUCUGGGCCUCGUGGCUGGCCUGGCUGGCCGUGGCCGUGCUGGCCUUCCUGAAGGUCUACCACAGUUACCGCCAGGAGGACCUGCUGGGCAGCCUGGGCCAUGAGAAGGAGCUGCUGCUGGCCAGGCCAGCCGCUCGCACUGCCUUCCAGGGGGACAGAAGUGCCGUCAUCUAGGCCUGCAGUGUGGGCGGCCCCUGG